UCGCCAAGGCUCUAUCUUAAAAACUUGUUCAUCGAUCGCGAUGUUUUUCCUUGGUACUCUUUUAUUCAAUUAUUACGAUAUUUGUUUUAAUAUUAUAAUCAAACUUUUUAUGAAAAGUCAUACAUUAUUCUGUAUUCUAUCAAAAAGUAUUGAAUCUAAAAUACAAUUUUCAUAAGUGCAAUAAGAUUUAACACUUCUUAUGAGUCCCAAGACGUAUUAUCAUGAAACCUAAUCGUUUGCUAAACGUUCUGUCUUAAUGACUUUAAUUUAAACCCGCAAUGAUCAGAGACAGGGCUAUGCAUUGGUUUUACACAAAGAAUGGUUUAACUGACAAAAACCGUAGCGUGUUGGAUGUUUAUCAUCAAGAGAAUGUGUCGGAAGUUACUAACUUCCACGACUGGCAAAAUGAAUUGGAAACAGAACUGUUUCAAGGGUAUUCGCCUGCCCUAUUAACAUUUGCUAGUAUAUGCUGUGUGGUUUAUAUGAUGGUUGGCGUUCCUGGAAAUCUUAUCACCAUCAUUGCUUUGUUUAGAUGCAAAAAGGUGCGUAACGCAACUGCCGUAUUCAUCAUCAACCUCAGCGUAUCAGAUCUGAGUUUUUGUUGCUUCAACUUACCACUGGCUGCCUCUACGUUCUGGUAUAGAUCGUGGAUACACGGGCAAUUGCUUUGCCGCCUAUUCCCGUUAGUCAGAUAUGGCUUGUUAGCUGUAUCCCUAUUUACUAUACUGGCCAUAACCAUAAAUCGAUACAUUAUGAUUGGACAUCCGUCGCUUUAUCCAAAGUUGUAUAAGAGAUUCUAUUUGGGCGUUAUGGUGACGGUGACUUGGGUAGGUGGUUUUGGGUUACUGAUUCCUACGUGGCUUGGAAAAUGGGGCCAAUUCGGUUUAGAUGUGACUGUUGGCUCRUGCUCCAUACUUCCAGACUCAGUUGGUCGAUCACCAAAAGAAAUUCUGUUCAUGGGUGCAUUUGUGGUACCCUGCUUGUCUAUUGUGGUGUGUUACGCUCGGAUUUUCUAUAUCGUCCGAAAAACWGCCCUCAAGUCACGAGCUUCGGUAACGGCUAACCCACGUCACACGAUGAAUACCAAACAAUCGGACGCUGCACCUUAUUACACUCUCAAGACCCGCUUCAAGGUGCCCGAGAUAUCAACAGACUCGGCCAUCGGAUCUAGUACAGCUACUGGCACGUGCUCCACUACUGACUCGAAGGAACAACACUUCCUUUCCCCACAUGACAUUAUCGCUGACCCWAGUUCGUCUGGACUCGAUGAGAGUUAUUCACCGAUAUCCUUCUCUGAUCGCAGGAGUUCCAGACGACGAGACCGUUCACCAUCGUCCGCCCUCAACGCCACCAUCACUCAAGUCGUGUCAGCGGUAUUUCAGACAAAAGAAGACUCUUCUCCGAGGACACGCAAACAGAGCACCAUUGGCGUUGACAGGAUGUCGUCAAAAGACAAGAAGCUGCUAAAAAUGAUCCUUGUAAUAUUUGCAUCAUUUGUUACAUGCUACUUGCCAAUCACCAUUAGUAAAACAUCACACGAGCUGGACGACUUGCACGUGCUAAACAUAACCGCAUAUGUYCUAAUAUAUUUGACCACGUGCAUCAAUCCAAUUAUUUAUGUAGUCAUGAGCUCCGAGUACCGUCAAGCGUACAAGAACCUGUUGAUGUGUAAAAGUUCUCUGGAACAACAACAGACCCACAGAGGAGUGACUAAAAAACUGUCCGGUCCAUAAACAUUAGUUUACAGUUAGAUUAAAUUAAGAAUAUUUUUAAGAUGUAAUGCGUACAUGGUAAGAUUAUAAAUUUAGAGAUCAAUCCUAAUAACUAUACCGUUUUUAUGUUUAUAAUGUAUUACAUUCGUUGGUAUAUUAUUAGUACCCAUCGUUUCGAUCAAUAUUAUCACUGCCUCGAUAAUUUUGUUACUACAAUAAAACAAUUACUAGACAAUUAUAGGACGUAGACAUACGUAUCGUGGUUUAUCUCGAAAGUGUAGCUCCAAAGUUACGCUUCAAUAAAAAUAAAACAAACCAAAUGUAUUUUUACUAACAGUCACGACAUUUCACCAUCUGUGUGAAACUAUAAAAUGAAUACGAAAAAAAAAACGUUAAAACAGUAACGUAAUCGUACACAAACAAACGCAUCAUUUCUCAAAACCGAAYCUUAGAAAGUUGCACAUUUUCUAAAAUAUGUACUAGUGUACACUGGGGUAGGAUUCUUUCAGCGUUAUUCGGUCGAUAUCUAAAAAUCUUUUGUGGUUAAGAUAAUCAUAUAAUUUUUAUUUUUUCUAUUUUUAUUUUUUAUUACUCACAAAAUCCUCUCCAUCUCUUCUAUACACGUACCGAAGUAUCAUCAUCUUAAAAUAAUGACUCGUCGUUUUUAUUAUACUUAGUAUUGUGAAACCAUACAAGCCAUUUAUAAAACGAAUAUAACGUUGUCAUACGCUUUUCAUUUUUGAACUAAAUAAUUUGAGCUAUUGACUGAUUUACAAUCAAAUUAUCGCUCUUUGCAUUUAAUCUAACAAUAGGAGUCUAUGAAAAACGUUUUAGUAGUCAAAAUUCAAACUUCUGACUACGAUUAAUCAAAACUUUAUAAGUACAUAAUUUACAACAUAUAAUUCGAUAAACGUACGUUACUUAUUGUAAUUACCAUAAUUUAAGUUCCAUUAUUAGACGAAUUAAAUAGAUCGGUGUUUCGGUAGUUAAAUUUUCUUGUAAAUUAACUCGCACAUAAAUUUUAACAUAAAUUAUCCCGAUUCAUACGUAAUCAAAUCAAACUUGUAGAAGUGCUUUUCGCUACUUAAUAGUUUAUGGGAAACGAUUUAUAGUYUUAAGAUAUAUAAAUACCUAGAUUGAAAAACCGUCAGGAUUAGACAAUUUCAAAAUUGAUUAAUAUUUUAUAGGAUUGUAACUUGUUUAGUAGGAGUCAGAAAUUUCCAGUGUGCAAUGGUGGUAUAGGUAUGUCGAUUAUCGUCAUUCGAUAGUGCCGUUCAUCCUGUAUACGUGCAUUAUAUAUUUGUUUAUUGUAUCAACAACUUGUCGACGAGCUUUAAAUUAAAUUUAAAUUUUAAAUUAAUUAAUUACAUUUUGAACUAAGACUCCAGUCAUCGUGGCAUUCGAUUAACCUUUUUUUUUUGUAAAUUAUUACAACGCGUACAUGACCCUUCUACAUGUAGGUUCAGAUACUAAAUUAAUAUGGAGAUAAUAAUAUAUCAAACAUAUUAUUAUCAAAAUAACUACAUAUAAUCGAAAAACACUGGUCGAACGGUCGUCGACUUCAACGCUUUUGCAACAACCAUAAUAAUAUUAUUGAUAUUCUAUAGUAUUUUCGUCUCGUACGCUUUUUUUCAUGUCUAAAAUUUUAAUUCUAAAUAGAAGUACCUACUUUUUCUGCUGUUUAACUUUAACUGUUCGUACGAAAUCGUGAGACUUCAUUACUUACCAUUCGUCUUACUACAGAGAACUCACCUCGCAACGCAAUAUCAUACUAAUAUUGAUGAUGACAAUAAUAAAUAUUAUCAUUAUUAUUAUAUUACAAUGUACAGUUUUUUUUCUAUAUAAUAUAAUAAAUCCCUCGGAGAGAGAGACGAUGCACGACACACUUCUCGGUUGCUACAUACCUAUCUAUACCCAUGCUACCACCCAUUUAAAAUAUUGUAAUAUUAUUUUGUGCGUGCAAAAAGCUGUUCACGACGAAUUUGAAAUGUCCGUUCCGUCUGUGUACGUUUAUCCAACUCCAGUUCACGGGUGGUAUAUUUUUUUUUGCUUUUUGUGAGCACCGAAUCAAACCAACCGAUUGAGCUAAUAUUAUGAUAUCGUAUCGAAAAUAAUAAUAAUAAUAAUAAUAAUAAUACCACUAGUUACGUACACGUCAUAUAAUAGGCGUGUCGAUGUACAGAUUUCCCGUAAUAUAUAUUAUCAUAUUAAACGGUUCCACUGCCGUGUACGAUGUAUAAUAAUAUUGUGUUAUAUUAUAAUAUAG